UAUAAUUACAAAAAAAUAAGGAGAAAAAUUUGCUAGAUUACGACGAAGGUUUGUUUCUAUUGUGAAAAGUACAUUACACAGCAAUUUUCUAGUGGUUCGAGCCAGUGCACUUUUAUAGUGUAACUCCCAACCAUCUAACCUAAAAAUCUCAGAUCUUUGAAAUUUUUCAUAAUGUUUUAACAUAUUAGAUGUUACAAUAUCGGCACUGGCACAAAAAAUAUUGGAAAUGAGCAAAGGCGAAACACUAAAUGACGUCGAGCAAGAACAUGAAGAGGUGGAUCCGAUUAACGACAUCAUAGAUUACUUAGUGCGCUGCGCCAAGAUAUCUUUUAAAAACGCGCAUGUUGAUGAGAAUGAAGUAAAAACAUCAGAUAAAAUCCGUAUUGCUUGUGAACUAUACAAUCGUUCGCCCACGGAUUUUCUAAUGCAAUUUGGAAAAUACUUGGCUCCAUAUCAUUUACAGUAUUUUGCUUAUUUAGAACCUAAAGAUCAAGAAAAGGAAAGAUAUCAGGAAUGUAUCACUCACCUGAAAAGGUACCAUUCUGAUGACAUCAGACACAAGAGAGUCAGAAACAGGCGCUACAAAGCUUUGCAAAAAUUCCAAGAAGAAACUGAUCACUUUAGUGAAAAGCAAAUGAUGUAUAGAAAUCCUCUGCUGUAUGAGCAACUUGUGGGACAGUACCUUACUGAAGAAGAAAUAAAGGAAAGAGAUGGAGUGGACAGGGAGAACUUAACAUUUCUGAAUUUGAUUUUAGACACUGUUGAUAGAAACGAGAUGAGCGAAAUAAAAAAUGAACAAAUGCUUGAAGAAGAUGAAGACAGCAAUAGUUUACAAGAAAUGCCUAGUAAAGAAGUGGGCUUAAAUAGUCAACAAAAGAAAUGUGAGACUAAACAUUGGGGUGAGUUACCAGGUUUUACUCCUAAGGUUCGAAAACAGACUUUGAUUAGUGCCCCAGAAAGGAGAUUACUCCGUGAAGAAUUUCUUCAAGAAAUGUACAGUAGUUUCAUGGAAGGAAGGGAUACAGAAAUCGAUUAUGAUAGUAUCGACAAUGAUGAGCAAUAUGAUGACUUACAACAAGCAUCUCAAGACGCUGAAGAUCAAUACUUUGACUCUGAGACAAAUGAAGUAGAAAACCUUGAAGACCAUAUGAAGCUUGUAGAAGAGUAUGGAAGAAAGAAGUCUACUGGCAACAUUUCUGUAGCUGAAGAUCCUUUGGAUGAAUUUAUGAGACACAUUGCAAUAAAGCAACAUAGCAGCUGCUAAUAAUUUACCUAGUAUUUACCAAGCCUCAGAAACAAAAUAAACCCAAAAAUCAGAAAUGACACUUAAUUUUUUAAUUUAUUUUUUAUAUAUUAACAUGGACAAAACACGAUGGUGGGAGGUGUCCUAUGGGUCAGCGUUGACCGGCGGAUGGGAAGAUAUAA